AUGCAGGUGGUGAAGGGAACUGUGGGGGCCUAUGUCUGUUCCUGGGGCAGGAGCUGGAGGGGAGAUGGGAGCAGACCCUUCAGCCCCAGUUUGGAACCACACGCCUGCGAGUGCCAUGACCAGGCCAGUAGGUCACUGCCUAGAGGGGAGACUGAGGACCUGGGCCCCAAGCUCAGGGGGGCAGAGCCACUGCCCCAGGCCAAAAUAUGGCAAGGCUGCUAUGGGUGCCUGGUGGAGGAGCCCCAGUGGGCUGGCUGGGUGGCCCAGCGGGAGCUGGGGGCAGCGCCCGCGGGAAAGGACGGAGCGCCUGUCACAGGGCAGAUCAAGGAUUACAAGGGGGUCUCUGAGAUGUUCGACGAGGAGGGCAAAGGGCGGGUGAAGACGGAUGAGCUGGAGCAGCUCAUGAGUUUCCUGGGCAUCAACUCCACCAAGAGUGAGUUGGCCUCCACGGCCAAGGACGUGGACAGAGUUAAGAAAGGGUUCUUCAACUGCAGCAACUUCCUGGCCCUGAUGGGGGUGUAUUGGGAGAAGGCCCAGAACCAGGGUGAGCUGAGGGCAGCCUUCCGCGUCUUUGACAAGGAGGCUAAGGGCUACAUUGACUGGGACAUGAUCAAGUACGUGCUUAUGAACGUAGGUGAGCCCCUCAAUGAGGUAGAGGCUGAGCAGAUGAUGAAGGAAGCCGACGAGAAUGGGGAUGGGACCCUCGACUACGAGGGUGAGCAGAGGAUGGGCCCCGGGACCCUGGAGGCUGAGUUCAUGGCAUGA